CCCAGUGAGCUUACAAUCUAACGUCCCUAUCACAUUAAAAUCAGUCCCUGUCCCAGUGAGCUUACAAUCUAACGUCACUAUCACAUUAAGAUCAGUCCCUGUCUCAGUGAGCUUACAAUCUAAGGUCCCUAUCACAUUCUCAUCAGCCCCUGUCCCAGUGAGCUUACAAUCUAAGGUCCCUAUCACAUUAAAAUCAGUCCCUGUCCCAGUGAGCUUACAAUCUAAAGUGAUAUAUAUAUAAAUAUAGAGUUACAGAGGGAAUGGGACAGUGAGAGUGUUUGGGGGAGGGGUAGAGUAUUAUUAUGACAUAGAGAGAAAGAGAGAUGGUUUCAGUUGAGUCAGUGUUUCUCUGUGUGAGUCUGAGGUGGGCGGGGCAGGGGGCGUGUCACUGCUGAUAAAGGAGCUGCAGGUAAGACCCAGGCUCAGGUGUAGGUAAGAGAAGAAGGAGACACAGUCAGAGGAUUAUCGGCCGUUAAUCUGUUUGGUAGAACGUCGAGUGAGUGGGAACAGUAGGUGCCCCAGUGUAAGUCCAGGAGCAGCUGCUAAUCUCCCAGGCUCGGCUCCUUCUCUCCGACCCCACACGCGUCCGACCCCACACCAGUCAUGGCCAACUCCGGGCUGCAGCUCCUCGGCUUCGUGCUGGCGAUGUUGGGUUGGAUCGCACUGAUCGCAGCGACUAUUAUGCCCCAGUGGAAGAUGUCCUCGUACGCCGGGGACCAGAUCAUCACCGCCGUGGCCAUUUAUCAGGGACUGUGGAUGAGUUGCGCCAUUCAGAGCACCGGGCAAAUGCAGUGCAAAGUCUAUGACUCCUUGUUACAGCUGGACGCCUCUCUGCAGGCCACCCGGGCCCUAAUGGUGGUCUCCAUUAUUCUGGGCAUAUUUGGAGUUGCCAUAUCUACCAUGGGCAUGAAAUGCACCAACUGCGGGGGAGAUGAUAAAGUGAAGAAAGCUCGCAUGGCAAUGACUGGUGGAUUUGUUUUUCUACUUGGAGGUCUUGCCGCUCUCAUUGCCUGCUCCUGGUAUGGCAAUCAGAUUAUCCGGGAUUUCUACAACCCUCUUCUGCCGAUCAAUACCAAGUAUGAGUUUGGUGCCGGAGUGUUCCUUGGCUGGGCUGGUUCCUUCCUGGUUCUUAUAGGAGGAGGCCUGUUGUCGUGCUCAUGUUCCCGCAAGAAUAACUACCAGAAGGAGUACCCCAAGUCUGGAGCAAAGUCCAAGGCUCCAUCUUCUGGAAGGGACUAUGUCUGAUCAUGCAAACCUUGUUACACACCUUAUUCGAGCAGCACCCAUCCAGGUCAUGGCCCUCCACUUGCACCCUAAUCUCCAGCACUUACAGCGGAAGAAAAACUCUGACUAGGCAAAGUAGUACCCGAGGUGGCCAUGUUGGACCCUUCCUGUAUAAUGUGCCUUGUGGGGUCACGUGGAGGGACACUGGGGUGCUGCUUCCAACUCCAUUUGUGUGACUGAAGAAUGAACGAAUAUUUCUGUGCUUGUUCAACCACUUUAUACUAAUAAGGCAGCUGAUUGGCUGUGCUGGGGGUAUAUGCGAUAAGGGGGCUUUUAUUGUUAAUGAUGUUUGAAGGGAAAUAGUGGGGAAUUUUAACUCAAAUCCCAAGAUGAGCAGUAAGCCAGUGUGUCUGAUCCUGAAGGCAGCUUGGUCUGGGACAUUGGGGUGUAGGGUGCCCUAGAACCCCCCACUAUGUAUCUUGUCUAGAUUAUACGCAUUGUGACUUGUAGCAGAUUUUGUCUUGUUUUUGUAAAUAAAACACUUGUUUUUUAUUUCAA